AUGACAAGCAAUCUCAGUGCAACUUAUCAGACCCCUGAACUAAAUUUCACUGACUACAAUGACACAGAUCAGCAGUAUAACCUAGUCCAAGUGGCUAGCAAGCAGUCCAUAUAUUUACUUUUCUGUGUCUUGAUGGUCAUUAUCUGUAUUUUGGGACUUGUGGGCAAUGGGAUUGUCAUCAGGCUUCUGGGCUUCCACAUUAAGCGGAACCCUUUCACAACCUACAUCCUGAAUCUGGCAGUGGCUGACUUCGGAGUCCUUCUGGACCUUUUCCCCCUUGUCAUACAUGAAAUUGCCAGUAUGCUGAUUAAAAAACAAUUAUUUCACCUUUUUAUCAUACCUUUUCACCUCUUCUUAAUGAUGUACUUAGCAGGACAACUUCUCCUGACAGCCAUCAGCAUGGAUAGGUGUGUGACUGUCCUCUUCCCCAUCUGGCAUCGGUGCCAUCGCCCUCCACGCUUGUCCACCACCGUUUGUGUCCUCAUCUGGGUCCUCUGCUUCCUUCUCUCCGGAGUUCACAUGAUUCUCCAAAUGAUGACCAUGACUGAGAUUCUAGGAUAUCUCUUUCUUGCAAUUGCACUGCUCUGCCUCCCGCUCAUCACUGUCUCCAGUCUGAUUCUGUUCAUCAAAAUCUGCUUCAAAUCCCAGCAACAGAGGCGUGGAAAGCUCUUAACAGCCAUCUUAUUCUUGCUGUUUUUCUUCUUGAUCUUGGCUUUUCCACUCUCUGCUAUUUGGAUAAUGCUGUCAGUGUUUCAUUUUUUCUUUCUCUCAGCUGAUAUCGUACUUCAUGCUUGCCUGGUAUGUGCCUGCCUAAACAGCAGCAUCAACCCACUGAUUUAUUUCCUCAUGGCGCACAAAAAGAGGGGUCAGUCUAGGCAAAGCAUGAAGGUGGCCAUGCAGAGGGUUUUCCGAGAGGAGGAAAACCCCCAAGAGCAAUUGGAGCUCAGCACUCAAACCUAG